CGGCAGGGUGACAGCAGUGGCAUUUCAUCCAAUAGAGUGGGGUAUCUUUGCGAGUGCGGGACUGGACUACAUUAUCAAGAUAUGGGAUGUGUUCAAUAUGUCCAUUGUUCGGACGUUCUACUCAGAACGAGGGUCAAUUGUGACAAGUAUUGAAUUCUGUGCCCGAUUCUCAAAAAAGUCCCUGAUGAUCACAACACACAGCGCGGAGAGUGGAUGUUCGAGUUCGCCAACGCCAGGCGUAGUAAGGGUCUUCGACUUCAGAAGAGGAGUUUGCCUUGCCAAGCUAACGGGGCAUUCAGUGGAUGUGAAGUCGGCCUUUCUGCAUCCACGAUUGCCGUACCUCUUUAGCGCAUCAAAGGACGGAGAAAUUAGAGUAUGGAGUGAGCGGGACUAUCAGCUGGUGGCAUCUUAUGUCUGUGAAUCCUCAUUUCUUGAAGGCAUGGCUCUUUGCAAAAACUCUGACGUGCUGAUCGUUGGCGGUAGACAAAAGUUCUCCCUGAUUCAGGUACUAGUAGAGGGAGGGAGAAAAACAAGGGCAGUGGGGACGAGGAUGGUGGACAAGCGGGAAAAGGAAGCUGCAGCCCAUUCCGAGCGGGAGCUCGAGGUGAGAAUCAGAAAUGUUGUAAGCGAAAUGGAAUGGAAGUGGAAGAGCGAAAUUAUUGACGACUUGAGAGCUCAGCAUAAGGAGGAGGAGGAGGAGGAGGAGGAGACGAGAACUCAAGCAGAGAGGAUUUGGAAGCUGGAGUCGGCGGUGAACGGUUUGAAGGCAGCGUCACAGACCCUGGAGGCGGAAGGAACGAGCGUGAAGGGCGGAAGAGGUGCGCUUCUUGUAGACAAGCUUGAGAAGUCGAAGCUGGAGUGCGAGAGACGGAUUCAGGAAUGGACAGCCAAUCAUCGGCCAGACGAAAAGACCCAAAAAAAGGAGAGGCCUGCCAGUGAGCACCUGCGGACGGAGGCGAACAAGUUAGUAGAAGCAAAAGCUAAGGGACCGGAAACGGUUGAGAAGAAGCUUGAAAGGUCAAUGCUGAGGGUUGAGCAGCUGGAGUGUGAGAGAGAUGAACUGAUCAAGAGGUUAGAGAAUUCGGAGAGAAAGGCCGAGGAAUUGGAGAACAAGGCGAAGGUAGAAGCUGCAGAACUAAAAGUUGCUGUAGAGGAGCUGGAAAGGUCGGUAGAAGCCGCAGAACUGAAAAUUGCUGUAGAGAAGCUCGAAAGAUCAGUGCUGAGGAUUGAGAAGCUCGAGUGCGAGAGAGCUGAACUCCUUGAGAAAUUAGAGAAAUCUGACAAAAGGAUCGAGAAACUCGAGCAAAGGUUCGCCGAAGAGUUUUCUCUCUGAGAAUUAUACUUUCCCAAAGGACCCAAAGGAUGUUCCUUGAGCGAUAGAGCUCCAGGUUGCAAUGAACGACUGCGACUGCG